CGUAGUGUAACUACAUCACGUUGCUCUGCAGUAGAAUGGUCCAGUUCAGACACGUCUGCAACCAUGAGAUGUGAAUCUAGGGAUAGAUUCAGAUUGGAUGUUAAUGCUUGUGUGAUGUGUCCUCCUGGCACGUAUUACAACAUCAGUGCUGAUGACUGUUUGUUGUGUCCCAAUGGCUACUACAACCCCAUCUCUGGCUGGUACUCUUGCACCCCCUGCCCCUUCGGAACGUGGACAGAAGGAACCGGGAAGACUCAAGCCACUGACUGCAAGGGUGAAUGUUCAGCGUCUCUUGUGUCUCAGACGAAGUUUCCACCUUGUUCAGAAUGUCCGGUGAACUCUUAUAAAUCAAGUAGUACACAAUGUACAGUCUGUCCAACUGACCGGUUGGCUGUGAGCACGGAACACCCCUUGUUGGAUAAAUGCAAAGGUUAAAUUUUUUUUUUUUUUUUUUAUUAUUAUUAUUUUAUAUUUUU